CAAGUUGCAUUGAUCAGAAGCUCACAACGUCGAAGGUAAAGAUGCAGGCCGAUUCACUGCACAAGCUCUGCUGAUAAUCGAGACUUUCCCCUGAUUUAAAAGAACAAGGUUUCAACGAGUGGUCUUUGGAGAGCACCGGGCACAGUUGUACAUACUUUUCCAUUGCGCUCCGUCUCAAUUAUGCUCCGGAGUGUCACCCUCAUCACGUUGGUGUCUCUCGUCAGCAUACACCAGACAGAGGCUAAGGGUUGCACUGAUUCAUCAUGUGGAGGAAAAUGUGACUGCAGCGGUGUCAAAGGAGCAAAGGGUGAGCGGGGGUUUCCUGGUCUCCAAGGGAACAUGGGGUUCCCUGGCAUGCAGGGCCACGAAGGACCCCCGGGACCCAUGGGGCCCAAGGGAGACAUAGGUGAGCCAGGAACUCCCGGGAUGAAAGGAGCUCGUGGACCCAACGGGUUAGCAGGCUUCCCAGGAAAUCCAGGCCUUCCGGGCAUCCCUGGACAAGAUGGUCCCCCUGGUUCGUCAGGUAUCCCAGGAUGCAACGGUACAAAGGGAGACCGAGGGACGGAUGGCCAGCCGGGGUUCCCUGGUCUACAAGGCCCUCCUGGUAUCCCCGGAAUUAUGGGAAUGAAAGGAGAUCCAGGAGGUGUUAUAGGAAUCAUCCCACUGAAAGGAGACAAAGGAUACUCUGGAACACCUGGUCUACCUGGACCCCUGGGACCCACGGGACCUGAAGGGCCCCCAGGACCACAGGGAUCACCUGGACUCAGAGGUUAUCCGGGCAAUCCUGGCCCAAAAGGAGAAAAGGGUGACAGGUUGUCCUUCCAAAGUGAGAAGGGGGAUAAGGGAGAUCAAGGAUUCCGCGGCCCCCCCGGCCCCCCUGGCCCCCCCUCACAGGAAGUAGGAGGAGGACCUGUAACACAUUAUCUCCCAGGACCACCGGGUCAAAGAGGAGACACAGGAGAAAAAGGAGAGAAAGGUUAUUGCGAUCCUUAUCUAUCUGGGGUCAAAGGUGAACAAGGCCCACACGGGCCAAGGGGAAAACCUGGCAAAGAUGGUGACAAUGGACUGAAGGGAGAUAAAGGAUUUGCAGGUAGCCCUGGAUACCAAGGACAACCGGGUGAAAAAGGAGAAAGAGGACCCCCAGGAUAUGGAGUGGGUGCCCUUGGCCCUCCCGGACCCCCUGGUCCUCCAGGACAACAAGGAGAGAGAGGUUUUCCGGGUCUACAAGGAGAUGCCGGUCCUCCAGGCAGGCACACAAUAGGCCCUCCCGGUGAGAGGGGCCCGCCGGGAGAGACUGGUCAGAAGGGAGACAAAGGAGCGGACGGAGUGUCUCUCGCAGGAGAGCCCGGAGAAAAUGGGCUCACAGGACCCCCUGGACCUGCCGGACCCCCUGGUGAUGAACCAUGUGAUCCAGAACUUUCAAAGGGCUCCCCCGGGCCACCCGGCCCCCCCGGACUGCAGGGCGAGUUGGGACAGAAAGGUGAUCAGGGAGACACUUGUGUGAGUUGCGAAUCCAUGGGCCCUCCUGGACUCCCAGGACCCGCAGGACCUAAAGGCGUGCAAGGGUACCCUGGAUUGGCUGGCAGCAAAGGUGACAAAGGACUCCCUGGACCUGCUGGGCCCGAAGGACAGCCGGGUGCUCCCGGCACGGCUGGGUUGAGAGGCGCUCCAGGAGACCAUGGUGAUCCUGGGGAUGUCUACGUGGCACCAGGGCUGAAGGGUGAAAAAGGCCUGCCAGGCUUUGUUGGCGCACAAGGCCUGCCAGGUGUGGAUGGACUGCCAGGGAAAGCUGGACUACCAGGCCUUCCCGGAACCAAAGGAGAACCUGCCCGCGAAGGCAUCAAGGGUGACCGUGGUCUGGAUGGGGACCCUGGUAUUCCUGGACUCCCAGGGGAGAGAGGUCCUCCUGGAUUACCAGGAUUUGGUCGGCCGGGAGAGCCUGGCGAGAAGGGUUCCUCUGGUCACCAAGGACGACCAGGAAUACCUGGUCAACCAGGGCUGAAAGGUGAACCAGGUAAAGGUGUGGGCUUACCGGGACCCCAGGGCUCUCCUGGACCUCAAGGAGAGCCUGGCAGACCAGGUUUGCAAGGUGACAUAGGAUUUCCAGGAGAACGUGGAUUUCCUGGAUUCCCUGGUCAGAAAGGUGACACAGGUCUACCUGGCAUCGGCCUCCCAGGGGUAUCCGGGGCUAAAGGAUUCUCUGGUGCUCCUGGAGCCCCGGGGUUACCUGGAGAAUCUGGGAGACCUGGACAGGAUGGUGUCUCUGGAAAACCAGGAGCAACUGGUCAAAAGGGUGAGCCAGGUCGUGGUCUACCUGGUCCUAAAGGUGCUCAAGGCCCUCCCGGAAUAACAGGUUUCCCUGGAGAGAAAGGUAACAUUGGUCUACCUGGUGUUCCUGGACAAGAGGGACGUUCAGGACCACCUGGAGCUCAGGGAAUUAAAGGUGACCCUGGCCCUCCUGGUGUUCACGGUGAUGCUGGCCCCCCUGGACCACCUGGACCAGGAGAUCCUGGGGCCCCUGGACCCAUGGGACCCCCCGGAGAGCCAGGCCUCUUUGGUCAAGAUGGUUUGAAGGGAGAUAAGGGCCUGCCCGGGUUUCCUGGUCUUGAAACGCCCGGCCCCAAGGGAGACAAGGGAGGACAAGGAUUCACUGGACUGCCUGGUUCCAAAGGCUUGUCAGGACGACCUGGCCCAGCAGGCAGAGUCGGACUUCCCGGAGAACCAGGUCCCAAGGGGGAGAUGGGAGUCAUUGGAACACCUGGGACCCCAGGAUAUCCGGGAUCUGCUGGAAAUUCUGGAAGUCCUGGUCCAAGAGGCGACCCUGGUGUCUCAGGGCCUAGGGGAGAGUUUGGAGAUCCUGGACCCAAAGGAGAGCGGGGAGAGCCAGGUCUACAGGGUCCCCCUGGUAACAUGACUGAGGUGGACAUGGAGCACAUGAAAGGAGAGAAGGGAGACAUUGGAGACCCAGGUGAUCCUGGGCGCACUGGAGAGAAGGGUUAUCAAGGACCGCCCGGAGAUCCUGGUAUGCCAGGAAAGGAUGGAGAUCCUGGUACAGCUGGUCAGCCAGGGGAGAAAGGAGACCCAGGUUUUCCUGGAGAGCCUGGCAGUUCUGGACAACCUGGAAGCAAAGGCAGCAUUGGAUCAAUGGGAUACCCGGGUUCUGACGGCCCGAAGGGCGCUAAAGGUGUGGUAGGCACCCCAGGACACCCAGGGUUCCGGGGUACAGAGGGGUUGAAGGGCGACAAAGGAGAUGCCGGUCUACCAGGUGUUGGGGUACCAGGACCCCCUGGAGGCAAGGGUCAGACUGGUCAGCCUGGCUUCCCUGGUGUUGAUGGAGAAAAGGGUCAGAAAGGUGUAAUGGGUGAGCCUGGUUUCCCCGGAAUCCAAGGAACCAAGGGAGACGCAGGACAAAGUGGUUACCCAGGGCAGCCAGGUCGGCCAGGAGAGAAGGGUGUGAGUGGGCUGCCAGGCUCCGCUGGAGAGCCAGGUCAACCGGGCCAACCAGGUGAGCCUGGUCUGCAGGGACCCCCUGGUCUGCCUGGAGAAAAAGGGGAUGCAGGAGUGGAUGGCAUUCCUGGAUUUCCUGGGGAAAAAGGACAUCCAGGUUUGCCUGGCAGGGGCUACCCAGGGACACCGGGGUCAUCUGGGGUUAAAGGUGAUAAGGGCAGUCCAGGUUUCCCAGGUUCCCCAGGUAUGCCGGGGAUUCCAGGAACUAAGGGAGACAAAGGAACGGCAGGCUUCCAGGGCUUCCCAGGACAGCCAGGAGAACAGGGCCUCCCUGGGCCCUCCAUGGAGGGACCCAAAGGACAGCAGGGAGAGCCAGGAGAUCCUGGGCAAGCAGGUGACACUGGUGCUCCAGGUCCCCCUGGUUUCCCCGGCAGUGAUGGCUCCAAGGGAGCAAAGGGAGACCAGGGUCCACAAGGAAUACAGGGGGAGCACGGCUUUAAGGGAGAUCGGGGAUUCCCUGGGCUUCCUGGCCAGUCUGGACUUCCUGGUAUUGACGGACUUAAGGGCGAGAUGGGCCUGCAGGGCGUUGCUGGUUUCCCAGGAGCAAAGGGUGAACUGGGAGUGCUGGGAUUCAAAGGAGAGCUAGGCGACAGGGGGUACCCAGGGGUCAAAGGUAAUGAAGGCCCGCCUGGUCCUCCUGGCCCCCACACCUUCAUCAAGGGAGAACCCGGCUCACCUGGUGGCCCCGGCCCUCAAGGGCCAGUUGGGCCCUCCGGUAUCCCUGGCCUGAAAGGACAGCAAGGCAUGACAGGUAUUCCGGGCAUGAAAGGCGACGAGGGAAACCCUGGCUUCAACGGCCACCCUGGAGCCAAGGGGGAGCCUGGCCUGACUGGUCCUUCAGGACCCAGAGGGUAUCCUGGACCCCCAGGACCCGAUGGCCUUCCAGGUCAGGUGGGUCCGCCUGGCCCCUCCUCCAUGGAUCAUGGUUUCUUGGUAACCAGGCACAGCCAAUCAGUGGAGGUUCCACAGUGUCCUGAUGGAACAUCGCUCCUUUAUGAUGGAUAUUCCCUGCUCUAUAUCCAGGGCAACGAGCGUGCCCAUGGACAGGACUUGGGUACGGCCGGUAGCUGUUUGAGGAAGUUCAGCUCAAUGCCAUUCCUGUUCUGUAACAUAAAUAAUGUCUGUAACUUUGCUUCCCGUAACGACUACUCCUAUUGGCUCACCACCCCUGAGGCCAUGCCAAUGAACAUGGCCCCUAUCAAAACUGAGGAAAUCAAGCCUUUCAUCAGCAGGUGUGCUGUGUGCGAGGCUCCUGCCAUGGUGAUAGCAAUACACAGUCAGACCAUCAUGAUCCCAUCAUGCCCCAGUGGCUGGGACUCUCUCUGGAUUGGCUACUCCUUCGUCAUGCACACUAGUGCGGGAUCCGAGGGCUCCGGCCAAGCCCUGGCCUCUCCUGGAUCUUGCCUGGAAGAGUUCCGCAGCGCUCCCUUCAUCGAGUGUCACGGCCGUGGAACCUGCAACUACUACGCAAACUCCUACAGCUUCUGGCUGGCCAACAUCGAGGAUGAGGAGAUGUUCAGGAAACCCGUGCCUGCCACGCUAAAGGCCGGAACUCUCCGGACUCAAAUAGGCCGCUGCCAGGUUUGCAUGAAGAGGACAUAGAAUUCAGCCCCCUGACCAGCCCGGGAUCCUUGACCGGGUAUCAUGACACCUGAACCCACCAACCCGUCUGUCCGCUGAUCCGUGGCGUGGCUUGGCUUCCUGUUAUCGACCAAAGGAUGGUGCUAUUUCACUGCGUGUGUGAGAGGAGAGGGACAGACACGCACAGACACACACACACGCACACGCACUCUUGAACAGAACAACCAAAACACCCAGAGAGAUCGACGAAAGAACAGAACUCACAGAUGCACACAGACACAAACAUUAGGCUUGGGCGGUAUAAUCUAGAAACAGCCAUGGGGUGGUCCUGAAUAACUUCAGUUCUUGUACUAUUCCUAUGGCAUUUGUUUUUCACAAGUAAAUAGCUGCAGUGAACUAUUGCAAUGCGUAAUGAGAAGCCAAUGGUUUUCCAUUUUAUGUUUGAUUUAAAAUCACGUCCAAAUUGCACUACAAAGGAGCCGGAGUUGGUGGAGAGUUAGCGUGCAACUUGCAAGCAGUUCACUAGGGAAUUGCUGAAGGGAUGGAACAUACUGUUAGCUGUCUACCAUGUUUGAGAAGACAAUAAAGAGCUUUGGAUAAGGUCUCUGUAAAGCUUUCCCCUUUUUCACCCCUCUGUGCUCCUGCUUUCUGUUGUCUGUCUACUCGCAACUACAGUACACACUGCUCUUCUCCUCAGGUUCAUUUGCACUUUCACAUGGAAAUGAUCCAACUCGCCAAAAAUGACAAUUGGUAGCUGGCUACUACCCCAAUACUUGUAACUCUCUGAGCUGGAUUGCCUGUCGCGGUGAAUAGUUUGUCAGUUCUCACGUGAUCAUUAGCAAUGUUAGCUAACAACAUCUACAGCUAAUGUUGUUAGCAUGUCAGUAAUAAUCCACCAAUUGGCUUUUUUUUUUGUAUACCUGUAGUACCGUAAAUACCCAGAAGGGGAAAAGAUUGAAUGACAAUAUACUUCUGGAUACCGCCCAACCCAAACACACAGAAGUACACAAACAUACACAUACCGGAGACCAAGCCAUGAGACCAACCGGGCUUUUGCGCCAUCACGCAGAACACUUUACUAACACUGUCACAACGGUUCUCUAAUGAAUGACGCCCAGUUUACGACUGCACUGAGUACGUCCCCCUCCCAAUUGUAAACUGGUGUCCAUUUUGAAAGGGGUUGCUUGUGUAAGUCAGGUGCUAUUGAAUUUUAUCGACUUGCCUAAAACAGUAUGUUUGUCAUUCACACGAUGCCACUGAUUUUCAGCUCUGCUUUACAGUUAAAUAUAUAUAUUGUUUUUCACUUCUUUUACCUUUUAUUUUUAAAUAACACCAUACUAAUGUAAAGAUGGGCGUUUCCACUAGUUACAGAUGCUUGUCAUAUUGUGACAUUACCUUAAGGGUUGCUGUCACACAGCCAAUAGUAAAGUUUCUGUUGUAAAUAUAUUGCUUUUCUUUUUUUUCUACCUAACAGACACAAUAAUCUCUUCAGGUAUUUACAUUGUAAUUUGUGUUAUUUCAUUUUUAAUUUAUGAGAUUUAUGAGAAUAUGUAGAGCAUGCGUGAAUUUGAGUUGCCAAAACACCAUAAACCAGGUGUAAAAUAGCAAGUACAGCUUGUCAUUAACCUCUGUCACGUGACCAAGGCACUUACUCAUGUUAGCAUACUGUACGCUGGCCUGGCGAUUAUACACCAACAGUGCCUUGUAUGUCAUUAGGCAAAAUAUGUCACUAGGCAAAAAAACUGUGCAAGAUAGCAUAGUACUGCCAACAUUCAUAUCAGAGUCAACCCUUGCAGAUAUUUCCAAACAUUCGCACACUAAACUGCUCAGCAAAAGGAUGGAACAUUGACACAGCUUGCUAUGUUAAUGCAGAGGGUGUGUAUGUAUGGUUAAUGUCACAUGCUGAAGGAGUUUCCACACACACAUUCUCCUGUUUACGGAGGAAGUUCAUGGCUUAUAGUUUGUCAAACCUGUGUCAGUUUACUUGGAAACUCAAUCUACUUGGUGUGAGGCAAUAGUUUUUAGUAUGUUUCAUGAGAAGUCCUUCACAUUAUGUAAUGUGUCGUUACUUAUUAAUGAAAUGAUAGACCCAAAGAAAUGCACAUACAAACACACCAAUGUCUGCUAAUAUACACUGAGAUACUUGACCACACCAGCUCAACAUCCUCUCUCUGUACAUACCGAACCUAGAUGGACCUACACAACAGUCUUCCUGUGAUAAUGAGCUAGAUGGAUUUAGAUAUGCUAGAUAGACAGAGAGGGACAUAUUUCUGACUAGUGGCACUUCAUAUCCAUAGCAAAGGCUGAAAGUGUCAGCUCUAUGGGAAAUUACUUUUAUAGGUUUAUGACACAGUAUGUAACACUUAAAUAUUACAGACUGACCAAAUUCCAUAUUGACUUCCAAGAUGUCCCAGGGUGUUUUUAUCCUUCUUCAGUCUUUCAGCAAUAACAGAUGUUGCAUAAUGCCUACUGUAAUUUGUUGACCAGUAUCCACACCAUGGCCCUUUGGGAGAAUGUAUAUAACCUUGCUACCCUGAGGGUGAACUCCUGAUUCCUUCUGCUUAAGAAUAUUAGAAAUUGAGACUCUCCUCUCCCAGUUCUGAAACCGUCAUCUUCCGAAAGACUGUCAGGAAAGACUCAGUGAACCACACAAACUACUAGUAACUGACAAUCGUUUAUGUAAUUAGCUUUGACCCACUUUAGGGCCUUUUGAAACCAUAAUGCUCCGAUUGGCUUAUGACUGUGUGUCCACUUGAGUCCAGGCCAAUGAGGUUUAGAGCUUUAUUUGCUUAAAUGAUUGUAUCUUUUCUUUAUGCGAUGUAAUUGCUGCACUGAGCUCAACCGGAUUUUCAUGUACGUUGUCAUUAUUGUUAUUAUGAUUAAUUUUCUGUAUCAUUCAUACAUACAGUAUUAGCAGCACCAAAUUUGGAGGUAUAGUUCUUGGUUGAAGUCCCCAGCUUAUAAUGAAUGUUUUGCAGAAUAUUUUCCUCAUCUACCGAUCCCCAUGCUGUGUAAUUCAUAAAAUAAAAUGAUUUGUAUAAAA